AUGGCACCCUCCUUCACACUACAGCUUUUGCUUCUGGCAAGUAGCUUCUUCUACGGCGCCUGGGCUCAGUGUGCAGAGGAGGAAUCAUGUGUGCAUCUUCCGGUUGUUCACUCGACAAACUCAAAAAUCUUCUCAAAACGAGCAGUCGAGGUCCAACUAUCCAACCGUUCCGAUGUCGCCUAUUAUGCGCAACUCAACAUAGGAUCACCAGCCCAACCGGUUUACGUCCAGCUGGACACGGGGUCAUUUGAGCUAUGGGUCAAUCCAACAUGUUCGACUUUGGACGCGUCAGACCAGGAAUUCUGCAACGCCGUGGGGUUUUACGACGCGACAAAGUCCUCCACCGCCGUCAACCUGCAAAACACCAAGACGUUGAACUAUGGCAUAGGCUCCGCCAACAUCACCUAUUUCAAGGACAGUAUAGCACUUCCCGGCGCCGCGACUGCGAUGAGCGGCGUGCAAUUCGGCGUGGCCACAUCGAGCAGGUCCCAGUUCUCCGGCAUCCUGGGCAUCGGAUAUGGGUUGGGUCUCACGACCAGGUACCCCAACUUCGUUGACGAGCUGGCCACUCAGAACCAGACCAAGGUGAAGGCAUACAGCGUAGCGCUGGGUAGUAAGGAUGAGGGAGAGGGCGUCAUCGUAUUUGGCGGCGUGGAUACGUCAAAGUUCGCAGGUCGUCUGGCCACCCUGCCCAUCGUCCCGGCGGCCGACAGCCCGGACGGCGUCCCGCGUUACUGGAUUUCCAUGAACAACAUGUCGAUCACGCCGCCGAGCGGCAACAGGAAGAUGUACCCCAACAGCUCCAUGGACGUCUUCCUCGACACCGGGUCGACCCUCACCCUCCUGCCGCAGGCCAUCUGCGACCAGCUCGGCGCGGACUUUGGCUCAUCCGGCCUGGACGAGAGCGGCUUCUACCCUGUGGACUGCAACCUGGCCGACCUCCCCGGCACGAUCGACUUCGACUUCAACGGCGUCGAGAUCAAGGUGCCGUACAACGAGUUCAUCCGCUCGUCAAGCGGCUCGUUCGGGCAGGAGAGCUGCGUUCUGGGCAUCACGCCCAGUGAAUCCUUCACCUUGCUGGGGGAUACCUUCAUGCGGUCUGCCUACGCCGUCUUCGACCUCGAGACCAACGCCAUCCACAUGCAGCAGUACACAAACUGCGGCUCCACCCCCGCCGCCAUCGCCAGCGCGGCAGACCUCACCACCCUCGAAGGCAAAUGCUCCUCCCCGCGCACCAUGGUCCCGGGCACGGGCUCGGCGUCAGAACCCUCCCCGACAGACUCCAGCACCCCCGCCACCGGCACGGGCUCGUCAUCAUCCUCGGGAGGAGGGACCGAGCCGGCAACGACAGAGAUCCCGGCAGCCUCCGGGGGGAACACCGGCUCGACCACUUCGGCGGCGGGCCUGAGGCGAUGUUCGCCGGCGGCGCUUGCCGUGGCUAUGGUCGUGCUGUUGGCCCUGAUCUAA